AUGAGCUCCUUCCUCGAGUACCCGGUGCUCGGCGGCGAGGCGGGGGGCUGCGCCGCCCGCGCCUACCCCGCCGACCACGGGAUUACAACUUUCCAGCCGUGCGCCGUGGGCGCGGGCGGCUGCGGCGGCGAGGAGCGCUUCGUCGUGGGCCGCGCCGUGCCCGUCAGCCCCCACCACCACCCCGCGGGCCCCCAGCCCGCCGUCUACCAGCCCCACGGCACCCUGGGGGUCUCCUACUCGCACGGCGGCUGCGGCCCGACGUACGGCGGCGCCCAGGGCUUCGGCGCGCCCUACAGCCCCUACCCGCUGGGGCAGGACGCGGAGCUCGGCGCCGCCUUCCCCCCCUGCGCGCCCGCGGUUUAUUCGGGGAGCCUCCCUGCCGCUGCAGCGCAGCACCCGCACCAGGGCUACGCGGGGGGCCCCGCGCCCUACGUGCACCCCCCGUACGGGCAGGAGCAGCAGAGCCUGCCGCUGGGCACCUACAACCACGGCCUGUCCCCGCUGCACGGCGGGCAGCAGGAGAGCGCGCGCCCCCCCUCCGCGGAGAGCUCGCCGCCCGCGCAGACCUUCGACUGGAUGAAAGUCAAGAGGAACCCACCCAAAACAGGCAAGGCUGGCGAGUACGGCUUCGUGGGGCAGCCCAACACGGUCAGGACGAAUUUCACCACCAAGCAGCUCACGGAACUGGAGAAGGAGUUUCACUUCAACAAGUACCUGACCAGGGCCAGGAGGGUGGAGAUCGCAGCCUCCYUGCAACUCAACGAGACACAGGUCAAGAUCUGGUUCCAGAACCGGAGGAUGAAGCAGAAGAAGAGGGAGAAAGAGGGGCUGCUGCCCAUCUCCCCCGCCACCCCCACGGGCUGCGAGGAGAAAGCGGAGGAGUCCUCGGAGAAGUCCUGCUCGUCGCCCUGCUCGGCCUCGCCGGCCUCCUCUACCUCGGACACUCUCGCUACCUCAAACUGA